AAUAUCAUUAUCUUGUCUCCUUCUGAACCGCUCUUUUUUGGCUUGCAUCUUUCGAUAUUCCUCAUGGAUGAUUUGCCCCCAUCACUAUCACAAUCACAAUCACCUUUCAACCAAGCAGUUUGAACGCACUAGCUUCAAGGACCAGGCGAUCCGAGCAGAAAAAAAGCCCAGCCAGCCAGUCCAACGUCUAUCACGAUCUGCUACGAAUCGGACAUUGCCUUCCUUUGUUGGUAAGUAUGUGUCUUCGACCGGCUGAUGAAGUAUCGCGGUCUGCCUUUUUUCACUUUUUCACCACC